AUGGAGAACGAAAAGGGAGAGAUUGUCGAUCUCUACGUCCCCCGCAAGUGCAGCGCCACCAACCGCAUCAUCAAGGCCAACGACCACGCCUCCGUCCAGAUCUCCAUCGGCAAGGUUGACGAGAACGGCCGCUACACCGGCGAGAACCAGACCUACGCUCUGUGCGGCUUCAUCCGUGCCCGCGGCGAGAGCGAUGACUCCCUGAACCGUCUCACCCAGCGUGACGGCUACAUCCGCAACGUGUGGACCGCCAGCCGCCAGCGGUAA